AUGGCAGGGGAGUCCGAGGACAAGAUACCAGCCCAGGGGCAGGUGCUGGCGUCUGGGGGCAACAGCGAAGGCCAGCUGGGGCUCGGGGACUGCGAGGAGAGGACGGCGUUCCAGACGGUCAGCUUCUUCGACUCACGCGGGCCAAUCAAAAUGCUCGCUGCCGGCUCCAACACCUCCGCCGCGCUCACAGAGAGGGGGGAACUGUUCAUGUGGGGCGACAACACGGAGGGUCAGAUCGGUUUGGGGAAGGAGAACCACGCGACAACGCCACAGGAAGUCAGCGUGGGCCGACCAAUCAGCUGGGUGUCCUGUGGUUACUACCACUCUGCCUUAGUCACAGUUGACGGCGCUCUCUACACGUUUGGGGAGAGCGACAGCGGGAAGCUGGGUCUCGGCACCGACCAGUUGCCGCGGCACCGAGUCCCGCAGCGCGUGAAGGGCGUCAAGGACCCGGUGACGCAGGUGGCGUGCGGAGGGGGACACACGGUGGCCCUCACAGAGGACGGCGUCUUCACGUUCGGCCUCGGCCAGUUCGGACAGCUCGGCCACGGGACAUUCGUCUUCCAGUCACCGCUGCCGCAGCCGGUCCAGCACUUCAAGACGGGCCGAGUGCGUCAGGUGGUCUGCGGGGAAAACACCACCGCCGUCAUCACAGAGACCGGGUUGCUGUACACGUUCGGAGACGGCCGGCACGGGAAACUGGGCCUGGGAGAAGAGAACUUCACCAACCAGUUCAAACCAACACUGUGUCCCCGCUUCCUCAAGUACCACGUUCAGGCAGCGACGUGCGGCGGCUGCCACAUGGUGGUCCUGGCCCGGCCCAGGGACCCCAGCUGCCCCGAUGUGUCCCUGGAGGAGGGCGACGUGACGGAGGAUUACCUGGAGAAGCCGUACGUGGAGCUGCUGGGGGACACGGCCAACUCCUCCACCCUGCAGAGGAGCAUCUCCGCCCGGGUCCGCAGGAGGGAGAGGGAGAGAUCUCCGGACCAGUUCGGCACCAUGUUCCACACUCUGCCCCCCGUGCUGCCCGGCUACCUCCACCCUCCGCUGCCUGUCUCCACCCAGACCACCUCGCCCAGACCGCCUCCACCCCAGCUGAGCCACAGGAAGCUGCUCAACGGCUCUCGGCAACCCAGGACCCCCGGGGCCGAGCACCAGGGACACGAGGCUGAGGGUCUGACGGACAGCGACAGCGUUAAAGGUCUGGGAGAAACCUCCGACUUCCUCAACAUGACACAUGUGAUAAAGAUGGACCCCGGGGACAAAACACUCACUCUGGCUCCGGUUCACAAGAGGAAGGGUGAGAACGGUAAGGCCACUAAAGUGCAGAAAGAGAGCCCGAUAAAGGAGAGGAAGUCUCGUGGGAGGAAGUCUCGCGAGAGCAAGGUUGCCUCUCCCCGCGGGGAGCUUCCUCCCGAGGGUCCGAGGGGCCACAGCGCUCGCUCCCGGGUCUCUCGGAGUCCACAGAGACUCAAAACAACCAACCAGAACAAGGAGAACCUGAUCCUGGCCAUGGAGGAGCUGCAGAGGAAACCCACUAGAGACAAACCGAGCGUCGGAGACAUUAGGAAGGCGGCGUCCAAGCCGCGGCUCGGGACAGCUCAGGGGAAAAGCCGGCUGAUGGAGGUCGGCAGGAAACUGGAACCGGACUGGAGACCAAGUCCUGAUACCAGACAGACGGGGUCUAAACCUGCAGGGAAACUUAAGCCAUCUAAACUGGUCCGUGUUCAGAGCAAACCCAUCGCCGUGCAGAGUCGGCACGCAGGAGGAGUCAGCCCGCCAGGUAACCACACACACUCACCUGGUCAGCUGGCCGGCGCUCUGGAGGAAGAGAGAGCCAAUAGCGCGCGACCGCCCGCACUCGUUAGAUAUAGAUCUCCAUCUAAAGAGAGCGCUGAUUGGUCUAAAAGGUCUAAGAAAGAAAAAAACGAGGCUCAGUCUAAAAUGGAAACACCAAAAAUGGCGUCGAAGCUCGACCUGCUGGCCGGAGCAGCCUCUCUGUCAGCGGGGGCGGAGUUAAUGCGUCAGGUGGCGUCCAGCCAAUCAGCUGUCAGCAUCAACGUCAUACCGGAGAGUCCUGAGGGCGGGACGAGGGAAGGAGAGAAGGAAACGAGUCUGGGAGAGAAGGAAACGAGUCUGGGAGAGGAGGGAACGAGUCAGGGAGAGGAGGGAACGAGUCAGGGAGAGGGGGGAACGAGUCAGGGAGAGGGGGGAACGAGUCAGGGAGAGGAGGGAACAAGUCAGGGAGAGGAGGGAACGAGUCAGGGAGAGGAGGGAACGAGUCAGGGAGAAGAGGGAACGAGUCAGGGAGAAGGGGGAACGAGUCAGGGAGAGGGGGGAACGAGUCAGGGUAUAAGUGACUAUGCGACAGUCAGACAGGAAGAAGAGGAGGAUGAAGAUGAGGAAGGACAGACAACGAGUGCAGGAGUCAGUGAAGCGGAGGAAGAGGAGGAUGUCAGUCACAGUAUCGAGAAAGUAACAGUAAAAGAAGAAGAAGAAGAAGAUGAAGAUGAAGAAGAUGAAGAAGACAGCAACACUCUGCAACCAGAGGAUGAGGUGGAAACAGAUGUAGAAGAAGAGGAGGAAGAAGAAGAGGAAGAGGAAGGGAGCAGGAUGGCAGGAAGUGAAAGUGAAGUUGAGACUGAAUCAAAAGCAAGCAAAGAUGGCGAUGCAGAAGAGGAGGAGAAGGAGGAAGAGGAAGAAAGCGAGUUAGAGGAAGGGAGGAGGCACAAGACAGAAAGCAGAGGAGGAGAGUCAGAAGGUGAGGAAGAAGAAGAG